AUGGCGUUAGAGAAGAGCCGCAGGUUCUCGACGGGCACUUCGGUGCACCGCAAGCGCCAGAUGAGCACACUGGUCGAGAAGGAAGGUCACUAUGGCCCUGCUCUCACGACGCUCUAUCUGGGUGUUGCGGCCGUCUUUUCCGAUGACCACACCGCAGUUGUGGCCCUUGCCAUCCACGACACCGUCUACCUCGUGGACUUUUCGGUCAAGCAUAUCAUUCUCGAUGAUGCUAUGAGGAUGGGCGCGGAUCUCAUUGCCGACUAUGUCAUCUCUGAGGUCGAGAAGUAUGAACAUGAGAACUUCUCCAAGUUCAUCGGCGCGGGUCUCCCGACGACGCUCAAGUACAUGAGCCCCUCUCUCUGCUCCCGCCUCUGGCUCGAGCUGGACAUUGUCCCCAUAGUGAUGCGGCCAGAUGAUGAGCACAAAGAAAAGUCCUUCUGGGAUGUGAAGCGCGUCGAUGAGCAGGCUGAUUCCAUGGCGCGGAAGUGCAUCAUGAACUUUGGGCCUUCCCUCGUCCCACUUCUCCAAGUCGGCUGGCGAGGUGUUGUCCAGACCGACGCUGGCUUCCGCGCCCACCUAACCACGGUCCAAAACCACAAAGACACCUGUGGCAAUUCCACCUGGGAAUCCAUGUUGACCUACGCCAAGAAGCUCAGGGGCAACAAGACCAAGGUUGCUUUCUUCAGCUCCACCCCUCAGGGCGGCGGUGUUGCCCUUAUGCGUCACGCAUUGGUCCGGUUUGCGCGCCUCAUGGGCGUUGACUUGACUUGGUAUGUACCCAAGCCCCGGCCUGGAGUCUUCCGUAUCACCAAGAACAUCCACAACAUUCUCCAGGGUGUUAGCCACCCGGACCAGCGCAUCUCGGCCGAGGAGAAGCAGGCCAUCAUUGACUGGAUCACCGAGAAUGCCACCCGGUAUUGGUUCUCCGAGGGCGGCCCCCUGUGCUCACCCGCGGACGGUGGCGCCGAUGUUGUGAUUAUCGAUGACCCCCAAAUGCCCGGCCUUAUUCCGCUGAUCAAGAAAACCACACCGGACCGACCGGUUCUCUACCGAUCCCACAUCCAGAUUCGGAGCGACCUUGUCGCCAAGGCCGGUUCACCGCAGGCCGACAUUUGGGACUUCCUCUGGAGCAACAUCCAAGGGUGUGACAUGUUCAUCAGCCACCCCAUCCCUAUCUUUGUCCCCCACAACGUUCCCCGGGAGAAGGUUGUCUACCUCCCUGCCACGACUGAUUGGCUCGAUGGACUGAACAAGCCUCUCAACAAGUGGGAUUCCGGCUAUUAUGGCCACAUCUACAAUAUCGCCUGCCAUUCUCAGCGCAUGACGGAACUCGCCUGGCCCGCUCGCAAGUACAUCAUCCAGGUUGCUCGCUUCGACCCCGCCAAGGGUAUCCCAACCGUGAUCGACUCGUACGCCGAGUUCCGCCGGCGAUGCGAGAAGGCCGGUGUGACCGAUGUACCCCAGCUUGUCGUCUGCGGCAACGGCUCGGUUGACGAUCCCGAUGCCAGCCUGAUCUACGACCAGACCAUGAGCCAGCUCGAGACCUACUACCCCGACCUGGUCAAAGACGUCAGCAUCAUGCGGCUGGAGCCCAACGACCAGCUCAUCAACACGAUGCUGGCCAAUGCCCACGUCGUGCUCCAGCUCUCGACCCGCGAAGGGUUCGAGGUCAAGGUGUCGGAAGCCCUGCACGCCGGCCGCCCCGUCAUCGUCACAGCCACGGGCGGCAUCCCGCUGCAAGUCAAGGACAAGGUAAACGGGUACCUCGUCACCCCGGGCGACUGGAAGGCCGUGGCCGGCCACCUCAUGGAUCUCUUCACCGACGAGGAGCUCUGGAAGAAGAUGAGCCACGCCGCGGCCACGGGGGUCUCGGACGAGGUCGGCACCGUCGGGAACGCCCUCGGCUGGUUCUACCUGGCCGCCAAGUGGCACGAGGUCGGCGUCGAGAAGCACGGCAAGGGCGGCCUCGCCGGCGACGAGAAGUGGGUCAACGACAUGGCCCGCCUCGAGGCCGGCCUCCCGUACGCCGAGGGCGAGAACCGCCUGCCACGGCACUUUACCGAGGUCAAGGAGGUUCCGGUUCACCCGAAGCCUGCUGCUGCUGACGGGAGUGCUUAA